UUACAUGCGGCGGGAUGGGAAGGGUCUGGUCUACAACAACCUGCGGUUGAUGAACCAGGUGCUGCCCAAACUAAAGGUCUACAUGAUCUCCUGGCAGAAGAUGUUGCAGUCUGACGAACUCUUCAAGAGGGAGACGGGCAAGGACAGGCGUAUCUCCAACUCGUGGUUGAGUACUGGUUGGUUCACUAUGACCAUAGCUCUGGAGCUGUGUGACCGGAUCAAUGUCUAUGGCAUGGUGGCUCCAGACCACUGCAGAGAGCCCCAGCCCCCAUCUGUCCCUUACCACUACUACGAGCCCCUCGGUCCAGAGGAGUGUGCCAUGUACAUCAGCCAUGAGCGAGGCCGCAGGGGCAGCCAUCACCGCUUUAUCACGGAGAAGAGGGUCUUCGCCAGCUGGGCUCGGACCUUCAACAUCCACUUCUACCAGCCUGACUGGGAGCCCCCGCCGCUGGCCUCCGCUAACCGCACGCAGGGGGAGGCGGUCUCGGUCAGCAAACGUGACUGGCGACCAGAAAUGGAAGUUGGAUGGUGACAGUGAAUGCUGGGCAUCUGUGGAAAAGCUGUAACUCAAACGGGACUGAGGACUGAGCUGGAGAUGGUGAUGGACAAGACCACAUGAGACGGUCCAAAGUCCAACUGAAUGGUCCAUACAGUAGGAUACUGACUGCACAUGGUCCUUCACUGAGGAUCGACCGUCCUCCUCUAGGCCGUCAUGGACAACUGUAGAAUAAUGACUGCAAAACGUCCUUCACUGAGGAUCGACCGUCCUCCUCUAGGCCGUCAUGGACAACUGUAGAAUAAUGACUGCAAAACGUCCUUCACUGAGGAUCGACCGUCCUCCUCUAGGCCGUCAUGGACAACUGUAGAAUAAUGACUGCAAAACGUCCUUCACUGAGGAUCGACCGUCCUCCUCUAGGCCGUCAUGGACAACUGUAGAAUAAUGACUGCAAAACGUCCUUCAC